GAGCUGUACUACUCGAUAAACACGGUACGCUACCGCGGUCUCGAAAAGUGUGUGACACAGCGACGACUCAAAAUUGUUUUAGUGUUAGGAGAGGAAGAUGUCGGUGAAGGAGCAGCAGAUGUUGAGGGAGGAGGAGCGGUCACUGGUCAACCUGCACACUAAACUCAGCGACCAGCUCAACAGGCUGAAGGUGGAGGAGCUUGCCCUGAUCAGCAUGCUGCGUCUCCAGAACCGUCCGACGUCCAGCACCAUGUCCCAGCACACCGACCAGACAGACGACAGCAAGGGACCGGUGAAACAGGAAAUCCAGUCGGAGUUGGCCCAGCUUGAGGAGAAGUAUCAGGAGGCGCUGGACCUCAGUGUGACGGGGCACCUCGGGAUGUCUGACUAUCACGAAGAGGAGGAGGAGGAAGAGGAAGAUGAGGACGAUGAAGAUGAUGAGCCAGAAACUGUCACAGACCAACUGUCAGCUUUCUUGGAUGAACUGUCAGCCAGAAACAAGUGAACGGCAACGUGGACGGCACCGUGGACAUGAGCAUCUACAACACACACUGGAGGCUUGUUACUGGGUGAGAGAGAGGCAGCGUAUACGUUACUGCUUGCAUCUCGCCAGAACCAGCUUCAACACAUGGGGAAGUCCCUCUGCCUCAUCAAGUCUCAUGAGGAUGUUGUUUGAAUGCAGAAACCUGACAUUCCGUAGAAUGCAGAAAUGUGACGUGUUCUGAUACGGUUGUGAUGCUGGUAGUGAUGCUGGUACAUGUGCUUCUGGUACAUGUGCUUCAACAAGCAGCCACAGGACAUGGUUGAACCUACUGUGUGGCACUAGUAUGGUGUGUUGUAAUGUGUCAGCAUCACUGCGUGUCAACCCAAGAAUGUAAAUAACUAUUAUGCAAGGCUUGUCUUCUGUGUGUGGCUCGUUGCCUGUGGUUGCUGGUUGGAAAUGUGAAAGUAACUAUGUAUUAAACAGAUUAAAUACCUAGCACAGGAGGUGAGCCACAAACCCUAUGUAUGACACGUUCUGACUGAACUUUGAACUCUGUUUCUGUUAUGCCUGUUCAUCUAUGUUAACAUUAAUCAAGUCAUGAACAGAAACAAAUAAAGUCAAAAUGCCUUUGCUGUUUCUUUACAUAG